GAACCAGAAACAACGACUGAACCUGAACCAGAAACAACGACCGAACCUGAACCAGAAACAACGGCCGAACCUGAACCAGAAACAGCAGCUGAACCCGAAUCAGAAACAACAGCUGAACCCUGAAUCAGAGACAACAGCUGAACCCGAAUCAGAAACAACGGCCAAACCUGAAUCUGAAGGAACUACCGAACCUGAGUCAGAAAUAACAGCCGAUUUUGAACCGGAGGUGAUUACUGAACCGGGAUCGGAAAAUGAACCAAAUUCUUUUUCUGAAGUGACCGGAUUAUCUUCUCCGGAAGCAGAAAUGACCUUGAUACCCUCAGCAGAAAUGACUACGCCGGAAGUAGAAGCGGAAGCACAAUCGGAGCCAACCGUGUCAGAAAUAAUGUGGCCGCCUACAGCCUUGUUGGUACUCGGGGCGUUUAUGUUUCUGAUGCUUUAUCUGCUGUGGCAAAGGAGGAGAGUGAAAUUCAAACGACCAGCACAACGGAAGUUUCACCCGUCCACAUUUGUGUAUGAAUACGAGGAUUUCGUCAACUGUGACCCAGUCAAUCUGCCCGUCUUUAUCGCCGACAGGGAUGAGUAUGCUAUUGACAAACUACGAUAUUUUCAAAACAAUGGCCUCAGUUUAUUGUACAUGGUCAUGCCCCCGGCCCUCACCCUAUUGUUCUGUCCAAUGACCCUCUUCAUGUACUCGCCAAUCACCAAUUAUUUUUGGCCGAAGCCAUACUUUGAAUCUCCGCCAAAUGUCAACGAUUCUCUUGGUUGCUUCUUAGUCCCAUCAGGAAUGGUGUACGCAAUAAUGUUUGGUUUCGCCUUCCAAGAAGUGUUUGAAAAGCAUACAAAUAUAGACGAUAAACUCAAAGGCCAGACGCUAAGUAUGCGAAAGUUGGUGUUGCUAAUCGAGUCGAUGGAGACGAUUUCUCCUAGGACGUUUCUACAUGUUUUGCACACACUGAAGGACGAAAUCACCAAUAUAAUAUUCCGUAUACAGUCCAUGGAGAAUCUUUGUGUAUCAGUAAAUAUUUGGGGCCUGUUGAAGCCUUUGAACAGUGACCAGCGCAAAAGACAAUCCCCCGUGGACCAGAUAGUGUUCGUCGAGGUGUUACAUUGUCUCCAUGACCUCAACGUCAUGUCCGCCGAGAGUGGAUGUGUCACGGAACACAUGCAUAUAUUUCAAUGGAUUUUCCUGGAAACGCUGGGAUAUUUCAGCUUCCUGGGUGUUCUCCUGAUCCAGGCCGACUCCUACCGGAUGGAAUUAGCGAUGUGUAUUGUAACUGUUGUGUCCAUCACUCUACUCUGCUGCGUGGUCAGUGACCUUGACUUUCCCUUUCACGGCUUCUUCCUUAUCGAUCUACAGAUGUUGAUUGAUCUCAUAGACUUUCUCCACACGAAAUCAAAAGACGUGCAAACACGAGUGGUCGCACGGACGGGGACAGACAAGGAUACGAAUGUCGGAUGAAUGGAUUUGUGAGUGUGGAU